UGAAGAGCGGAGCCUCCGCCCGGGGGACCCCUAUCCCUGCCUGUCCCCCCCCAACUGCGCGUCCCCACCCCACCCCACCCCCGCGGCCGAGCCAUCGCUGGUGUGGCGGUCUCCGCUAGGCAGAGAGCCUUGAACGGUCACCCGACCCCCCUCCACAGCCUCUUUGCAUCUCGGAUUUCGGGGCGGCCCCCUCCCCCACCUCUCCCUGCCUCUUUGCACCCCGAUUUUUUAUGCGCUUCUCUGGGGUUUUGCAGCCGUCUAUUUUUGCAUCCCUUUUCGUUUUGCUUCUGGGAGGUUUGGGGGGUGAAGCUGCGUUCGCACCCCUUCCCUUUUUAUCCUCCCGUGCUCGGACAACCCCCCUUUUCAUUGCAGUGGGGGGGGGCUAGGUUCUGUGCAUCCUACGCCGCGCCGCCAGCACCCCGCACCGUGUGGCCCUGCGCCCCGGAAUUUGCAGCAGCUGCAUAUCUGAGGGGGGGCUCUCCCUCGCCCCCGCUGCCUUUGCUUCCCGCGCGUUCUGGUGCGUGAGGGGGCUUCACGCGCCGCACCCCGGCUUCUCCGUAGCCCCCCGCCCCGCGCGGGACUCGCCCCCAGCCGUCAAGAUGGUCAUUCAGAAAGAGAAGAAGAGCUGCGGGCAGGUGGUUGAGGAGUGGAAGGAGUUCGUGUGGAACCCGAGGACGCACCAGUUCAUGGGCCGCACCGGGACCAGCUGGGCCUUUAUCCUCCUCUUCUACCUCGUCUUCUAUGGCUUCCUCACCGCCAUGUUCACCCUCACCAUGUGGGUGAUGCUGCAGACGGUCUCUGACCAUACCCCCAAGUACCAGGACCGACUGGCCACACCGGGCUUGAUGAUUCGCCCUAAGACUGAGAACCUUGAUGUCAUUGUCAAUGUCAGUGACACUGAAAGCUGGGACCAGCAUGUUCAGAAGCUCAACAAGUUCCUGGAGCCUUACAAUGACUCCAUCCAAGCCCAAAAGAAUGAUGUCUGCCUCCCUGGGCGCUAUUACGAACAACCAGAUAACGGAGUUCUCAACUACCCAAAACGUGCCUGCCAGUUCAACCGGACCCAGCUGGGCGACUGCUCUGGCAUUGGGGACCCCACCCACUAUGGUUACAGCACGGGACAGCCCUGUGUCUUCAUCAAGAUGAACCGGGUCAUCAACUUCUACGCAGGAGCAAACCAGAGCAUGAAUGUUACCUGUGUGGGGAAGCGAGAUGAAGAUGCUGAGAAUCUCGGCAACUUCGUCAUGUUCCCUGCGAACGGCAACAUCGACCUCAUGUACUUCCCCUACUACGGCAAGAAGUUCCACGUGAACUACACGCAGCCCCUGGUGGCCGUGAAGUUCCUGAAUGUGACCCCCAACGUGGAGGUGAACGUGGAGUGCCGGGUCAACGCCGCCAACAUCGCCACUGACGACGAGCGCGACAAGUUUGCUGGGCGCGUGGCCUUCAAACUCCGCAUCAACAAAACCUGAGGCCCCUUCCUCCCGCCCCCACCUCUUUCCUACGGAUGCUUCUGGAAUAUCCCUGACCCUGCCUGAUCCCUCCCUCACCCACCCCAAAGGUAUUUUUUAUAACAGAGCUCUGGCUUGUCUGAGUCCCUUUUCCUUUACUUCUGAACCCGACCUGAUGUCUGUCGUGAUUCCCUGGCUACGCACAUUUUCCACUAUCUUCUUCCCACGCUAGCUCAGUCAGGGACAGGGAGAUGGGACCCCAAGGCGGUCACAGAGGAGUUGGGAGCCUUUCUAGUCGUGGUGUAGCUGUGAGUGGGGUGUCCUCACAGCUACCCACCUGUCCUGCCCUCUUAUCCCCUGAGAGCUAUAGAAAAUGCCCACCCACCCACCUACACACACAUCUCAUUUCACCCCUUACUUCCAGACACUAAGGUGGCGCUCAAUUCUGUUUUUUAAAUUGAAGGAGAAUUGACUUACAACACUACGUUAGUUCCAGGUGCACAGCAUAGGGAUUUAAUAUUUCUGUACGUUAGAGUGGUCACCAGUGUGGCCCUCUAUCCCUCCAUUCCAGCUCAGCUGCUGUCACCUACCUCUGUCUGCCACGCCUUCUGCCUGUCUACGACAGUCGCUGUCUCAGUGGCUUUUGACUUGUCUGGCUUCUCUGGCCAGUCUUUCCCCACUUCUCCAUCCCCAUUCCCUCCACUGAAAGGGGGACCGUUUGUAAUUGAGGACCGGGUGGCUCUGUGGCCUUUUCCCUUUUUCCUGGCACAUCUGGCUUCUCACCCCACGUUGACUACGUGAGCUGGGAAUGAGGGUCUGAAGGAGAAGUCCAUGUUGGUUCUUGAAAAUUCUCUUCGUAGCGCCUCCUGUCACCCAGCUAGGCACUCAGAGGGGCGGGGUUGACCUAGGCUGAAUGUCCACUUUGUUUUUGCCGAUGGCUCCCUUCCCCCUGUUCGCUUUCCCAGAAUAUCCUGCAAGUUCCACUUCCCAGGCGCCCUGGGGGAGGGGCAGCCAUUUUGGCUAGGUCCCCAGUGGCCACCUUGGAAACGUCAGCUGGCUAUGGGACUAUUCCACCUCCUUCCCCUGGGCCCAGAUAUGCCCCCACCAUUCUCUCUCUGGCUUCUCUUAGCAAGUUAUCAACUAAUCACUAACUCCUUCCCUUUUCUCUGCAUGCCAGCCUGAAAAUUGCAAAUACCUCCUCCAUCUAAGGCUCUGAAUUUCUUGGCUCCAUCUCCUUCAGACCCCUUUGCUUUCUUAAACAACCCCAUAGUGCCCAUAGAAUGUUAAAUGAGGGACUGCCUGUGAUCUUGAGUUAUAGAGGCAUUUUAACUCUUUCUUUUCCCACGUCCUUCACUUCCUCACCUCUGACUUCCUUUUUUUUUGAUGCUGCAGCUUCCACACCCCACCCACAGAUGGACUCUCCUCUGUUUUUCUCUCGCUGGAUCUGAGUCUCUUCCCUUUGGGUCCCCAUGUUUUCCUGCACUCCCCUCACCCCAGUGGUCUCUCUCUGCAGUUAUUUAAUGCCUGUGUCAGAUCUACUGUAAAAAGAGGAUAAAGUACAAUAAAAUGAGAGCAAUUAUAUAUAUAAAUAUA